AAAUUUGCUCUUCAAAACCAACAGCUUUAACUACUUUCUCCAAAGAGUUCAACUUCCAGGCUUGGCUUAUUUCAUGAUCGUAGCUUCUUCUUACUCUUCAACAUUCUGGUCAUUUGGUUGCCGUUUUGGUUUCUACUUCUGCUCUUUUGUCAGAAGUGUUACUUUGCUUCUCGAUAACGAGCUAAAAUAAAACAAUUCGUUGGUUGUGAUCCCUCUUCAGAAAGUGAUUAAAAAUGGAGAACGGGUUCAGCUGGGAGCAGAAGACACUGACAAAUGAGCUAAUUGAAGGGAUGGAAUUGGCGAAACAGUUGAGAGUACAUUUGGGUACAACAGCUUCGACUGAAACAAAUGAAGAGUUAGUCCGGAAGAUAUUAACUUCAUACGAGAAAGCACUUUUGAUUCUCAAAUGGAAUGGUCCAACUGGACAAACUCCGACUGCCGGAGCAAUAACGGCUGUGCCAGAGUCUCCAAUAUCCAUCAAUGGAAGUCCACAGAGCGACGAUCUUGAUGGGACUUUUAAGGAUAAUCAAGAUCAACCAGAUAGCUUAAAAAAGAGAAAGACGACGCCUAGGUGGACAGAUAAAGUGAGAGUUAGCUUUGAGAGUGGACUCGAAGGACCCCACGAAGAUGGCUACAGCUGGAGAAAAUACGGCCAGAAAGAUAUCCUUGGAGCCAGAUAUCCGAGAAGCUAUUACAGAUGCACUUACCGGAAUACACAGAACUGUUGGGCUACAAAGCAAGUUCAAAGAUCAGAUGAAGACCCCACCAUAUUUGAGAUUACAUACAGAGGAACACACACUUGUUCGCAUGGCAACUCAGUUACACAACCAGCUUCACCAGAGAAAAAAGAACAGAAACUAAUCCGCAAUAAUAACAAUAAUAAUAAUAAUAAUAAUAAUCGUGCUCAACAACAGUCACAAGGAAUACUCUUUAACUUGAGAGAAGGACUAAGCAUCAAUAACAAUGGCUUGGAAAAUAAAGAGAUAGCAUGUCCUUUCUCUUUUCCUUCAACCUCAUACGGAUGCAAGAGUGAGACUCCUUGCUAUCCCCCUCCAAUGCUUGAUGAAAACAAUUUCUUGGGUGGUUUCUCUUCAUCGUUCGGCUCUCACGCCACUGGUGAUUCAAACUAUUUCUUAAUUUCGCCAAGCCAGAUGAACAACUUCGGAGAUGUUCAUAAUAUGCCGCGUUCAGAAUCUGAUCUCACAGAGCUAUUAUCGGCUAACAACUCAGCUGCCACUUCUCCAAUUUUGAACUUGGAUUUCUCACUUGAUCCAGCAGAUAUUGAUCCAAACUUCCCAUUUGGCAACGCAGGGUUCUCCUUUUAGCACUAGUUCAAUGUAAAAUGAUAAGAACAAAGAAAUAACUGGAAUUUGGUGUGCAUCUUACUUAAGAUUUGGUGCGCCUGCCUCUCUUAGCUUGUAUCAUAAUAGGGGGAGAGCCAUUUUAGGAGCAUAAGAGCCUUGUUUCAGGUUGGCUUAGAAAUAGGGACUAGUUACUUAUCGUACCUGUAACUUUUCCAGUUUGUUUAUGAAGAUUGAAGAGUAAUUGUAAUAAAUUCAAUAUAGAAAUGCUUGGUCGCUUUUA